AAAGUCAAAAGUGACUGAGAAGAUUGAAAGAAUACGCCCGAAUAGACUUGCUGACUGCAGUAAUUUAAAAUAGCUCAAUAUGCACAUUCGCAAAUCACCGGUCUGCAUCGUCAGUCGAUUUACUGCAUUAUUGUACCAAUUCUGCCUCCAAGCACAUUAAAUUAGCAGCUUUGAAAUUUAAUGUUGGUACUGCAUUAUGGUGUGAUACGCAUCGAUUUGAUCUUUGUUUAGCAGUUACUUGAGCAUUCGUGCAAUAUUUCAUUUCCAUUCUGCUGUUAGUGAGUUUAACUUACAUCCUGUAUUUUUGCAUUGCAAAAUCCAAUAUCUUUUGCUCCUUGAAAUUCGAUUUACACAUGAACAUUUAAAAAGAAAACAUGUCAUCUGAAACUAUGCGAUCCAAAACUCCUGACUCGUCUGCUGAUUGUUACGUGUUGUAUGAAAGUACACUGAAAGUAAAUCACAGUACUGUGAACAGAGCUGAAAAUGGGACUAAUUGCUGUAAACGGAAUUGCUACUCUUCGUAUCGAAUGGUUUGUAAUUGUGCGAAUCUAAAAACAGAGUAUCCAAGUUAUGCCACAGAAGAAAUUAGACUUUUCCAAGAGAUGCAGUCGCGAUUGAAGCCUAAUUACUCUCCAGAUGUAAAAUUCUGCAAUCUACGAGACGAGGAAAAAGCAGAUGAAGUCAAAGAUUCAAGUGAAGAAACUGGAUACUCCACAGAUUCAUUGGACUGUGAAAUAAUUUGGGUACAAAAAUCCACAUCUCCAGAUUCUACCGUUGAUCAAGUAGCGAACGAACUAGAUAUUAACAGAGAUAGGAAUGCCGACCAAGGAGAGAAGACAAAAAUAAAUAAGGAUUUUGUGGACAUUCCACCGCCAGAUCUAAAUGCAAAGCCAGUUGUUUCAAAUUCAGUCAGUGUAAAGUCACAAAACGUAGAUGAUAUUAUUAAUACGUUCAAUAAUAAUUUAAGCGAAAAACCUUCCAAGAAACGGUCGCGAAAGCGUAAAGACACAAAGAAAAGGAAAGAAAAAGAACAUCCGUACAAAUGUGGCGCUUGUAAAAAGUCACUAUCAUCGUUGAAUAAAUUGGAAUUACAUUUGUCAGGUCAUGUGAAACGAAGCAAAUUCGAAACAGAAAUUUAUAAAAACGCCUUCUUAGCUUUACAAAAAUUGAAUUACAAAAAUCAUAGAACAAAAGUAGAAAAAGGGUUUAUUUGUGAAUUCUGCAAUCAAGCAUGUGCAGGCCGAUGGGCGCUUUUUUAUCACAAUAUAUUCGCUCAUUCCAACCAAAGACCUUACCAUUGUAAGUUUUGUCCAAACAAUUAUAAGAGACCAGAGCAUUUAAAACGUCAUAUGGCAACGGAACAUGGCAGGCAGUCGGAUUGAUUACCGAUGUUUCAAUCGUACAAAUCCCCAUCACAUAAUCAGAAAGAUUUUUUCUAUAUACAUCCCGUACGUUGGAUGUAGAUCGUUAUCUUAAUUUUGAACGUGGGUAGUUAAUAUUGUUAUUGAAUAUUAUUCUCAAAUUACUCUUGUAUCCAUUUCAGUGAUUAUACCUAUUGUUUGUGUAUAAUCUACAUAGUGUUAAUUAUGUAACAAUACCAAAUUCAUUUUGUUAAAGGUACUAUUUUUUAUUUCAUUGUUAUAACAAAGAAAAUGUUAUUAUAGUACAUAUUUGUAGGGUGUAAACCGUAUUUUUCUAAAGCGAAUUAUUACUGCAGUUUCAUAGUUUUAUAACGUUAUUUCAUAAGCUAUUAGAUUCUAUUAAAUGUAUGGUAGAGAUGAACAAUUUUCCCAUUUUCUGCUCUAAUGAGAUAUUGACACUGUUAAAGGCUGUUGUAAAUCAAAUUUGCAAAUUACAUUACGCGGGCACGUAUAAACAAUAGAAUGUAUAAUCCUUGUCACGAAAAAAUGAAAAAAUCUGCACUCCUGAAAUAACAUCUUCACAUAGCCCCUUACCGUUGUUCUUUGACUAGAAAUUCACAAUUUUUCAAUCAGAAAUAUUUCUAAUGUUUGAAAAUGAAUACAUAUUAUAGCGAUGAUUUCGAUGGCCGAAGAAUUCACAUUGAGUAUAAUUUAGACCGUAAGCAGUACUAUGUCAUAAUACAGAUUUAUUCUUUAUCGACCGCUGAUAAAGCAGUUUAUUAAAAUUGACAGAAAAACCGCUUUCGGAUUGCGCAAGGAAAAAGUAUUUUUCGAAUAUUUUUGAGUCUGAAUAGGCUGUGUAAUAUAUGUUGAUCACAAUUGAUAUUCAGAUAAUCUGACAGUUUAUAUGAAAGUACCCAAAAGCUACACCAAAAACUUACCGAUAUACCAGUUGCCGAAGAAAGUCCUGUAUAGGUAAAACUGAAUAAAUUUUCAUUGAAUUUUGAUUAUAAAAUGCUUUCUGCAAGUAAAAGUAAAUAUUUAUUGUCUUGUAUUUCCUCGCUUCAGUCGGAUCUUCUUGAUUGGUGAAAAGUUGUAAGCGACUAUCGAUAAUCGAAUUCAUUCGUGCCUAUGUCGAUUGUGCAAUGUACCGAACCAUCCAUCAACUUGAACCGACUCGUGGACUCAAGUCUAUAUUUACUUUAAAUAAAAAGUAUAUAAAAUAUGAUUAAAAAAGUUAUGGGCCGAUAAAAAUCGAAGAAUAGAUACUUUUCUUCCCGUUCCAAUACUCAAUGAGAGGUUAAUGUAUACUUAAAUGAAAAAAAACAUUCACAAAAAUGUGACAACAUAACCUAUAGACGCUUCGCUAAUCGUUUAUACGUUGUUCUCAGUUUAUACUGAAAUUUUUUUACGUGAAACCUCUUUGUCGCAUUGCCGAUAAUAAUCUUAUCACGUUAAUGAAUUUUACAACGAAUUACAACAUGUCCAGCAGGAUCUUUCUUCCUUUCGAAACAACCUUACCUAUUCUAACCUCAAAAUUUAUAUCAAUGACCACCGUAUUAUGUGAGAUUUCGUGGAUCCACAACUCACGUAAAUCAAAGAAUAAAUGAGUUAUCCUUACUUAUUUUCAAUCACGCUUCAAUAUCUUCAAUCACAACCGGAGACAAAGUAUUUUCUCGCACUAUUGUUUUCUCAUUGUUUACACAACAAUCUCGUCCCAGUGUAAGAACACUACUGUGAAUACUGCUAAAGAGAACUUUGAUUACCGCCCGAAUUAUAGCUUCAUGUUCAUACUGUUUGAUAAGUUUCUUACAAACGGCUUUCACAUGUGUCAGAAAACUAUUUGAACUUCUACCUAGGUUGUGCUGCAACUUUUCACAUAUACUUUUAACUUGACGAUAUCCGGUAAAAAUACUGAAGUCUCAAGAAAAGAUUCGGGUCUACGCUCUGGCUACUGAGUGUUCCAGAAGUUUACAUCAUUCAGUGAUUACAAUAUGGAAGGGACAGCUAAUGAAGAGAAAGAAUUAGUGGAAAUGUGCCGCUUGUGCGCCAAAACUGGUUUGGGAUAUAUUCCAAUUUUCGCUGACAAGAAUUCUGCAGUCGCUGAAAAAAUAAGCAGAUGUCUACCUAUAAUUGUGCUGAUGACUGAUGAGUUACCAUUAUUUGUAUGCCAAAACUGCUUUUCUUACUUGAACAUUAGUUAUAAACUAAUUGUCGAUUCUAUAAAAACUGAUACUCUUUUGCGAUCACAGUUGGCAUCAUUGAAUAAACCAGAUUGUUCUGGUGCGAAAAGCGAUACCGAAGAAAUAGCACGAGAAGUUACAGUUAGAAUAGAUAGUAGUCAGCUAUCCAAGCAAUACAUAGAAGAAUUUGACGAAAGUUUAAAAGUUCCGAUAAAAUGUGACCUGUGUGACAAGAUAUUCGAGGAUAUGAAUAUAUUUGAUACCCACAUUGAAGAGGAUCAUCUAUUGGAAUGGCCAUGUAAUUUUUGCGACAAUAGUUACCGAGAGUCCAGAGAUCUGUUGGCGCAUAAAGAAACCAGUCAUUACGGGGAAAUCACAACCUGUGCAAACUGUACCAAUCGAAAAGCCAACAAUUCACUAGCUGCAUGUAAAUCUGAAUCAAUGGAUUUAUCAGAUGUUCACGAGGAACGUUUAGGCACUGCAUCAGAGACGGUGACACCAGAAAUAAAACUGGCUAAAAAUUCUCUGGAAGUAAUGUGCAAAGUAUGCAAAAUUACCGUAGAAAAUUCAAAGCUCCUUCCUAAGCAUUACAGUAUUCACAGAAGGAAAAUUGCCAGAUGCCAUACCUGCCAAACACGGUGUCAUUCAGUCUAUGACUUGUUUUUACACAAAAGGUCGGCUCAUAAUAUGUACAAAAAAGUUAACUUAAGGUUUGUAUGUGACAUGUGUGAUAAAAUAUUUUCAAACAGUUCACAAUGGCAACACCACAUGGAUAAGGCAUGUCCUAGAAAGUUUUCUGUUCAUUCUUGCAAGUAUUGUAAAAACAGUUUUUCAACACAUCACAAACUUACGUAUCAUCUUAGGAAACAUAAAAAGGAAAUGCUGGACGAUCCUGAUGUAACUGUAUAUAAAUGUGUCGCAUGUCCUAAAGUAUUUGUGGACCAACAAUUUUACCAGAAACAUAGAAAUGUACACGAUCCAGAAUGCUGGGACAAGUUCAAAUGCACCCUAUGCAAUCGAUCUUUUAGAGACAGAGUUAGAUUGAAAGAACACAAUCAAUCUGUUCAUGAAGGAGUUAGACCUCAUCAAUGCGAUGUUUGUGGUCGUAUGUUUCAUCGUUCAUCUAACAUGAAGGCUCAUAGAAUGAAACAUUUUGGCCAUAAGUGCUCCCAGUGUGAAGAAAUAUUUCAAACUGUACGUCUACUUACCAAUCAUAUGCAGGACGUUCAUAAAAUUGAAGUAAAUUUAAAAAAUCCUGCAAAAAAAUACAGUAGUAGUUGCUACGUUUGUAGAUUUUGUGGGAAACAACUUGCCACCAAUCAGUCGAUCCUUGAUCACGAACGCAUUCACACUGGUGAAAAACCCUACAGCUGUAAUUUGUGCGAUAAGACUUUCAGAAGUUAUACCGCCAGAUGGGCUCAUGUUCAACGCCAUAAAAAAGGAAGUUAUGUAUGUGAGCAUUGCGGCAAAUGCUUCAGUUACAAACAGAACUUGACCACCCAUGUGCAAAUACAUGUUCCUAAUGAAGAACGGAAGCACCCAUGUUCAAAAUGCGGCAAACGUUUCCUGAGGAAGGCGCACCUCAAUGUGCACAUGCGUAUUCAUGACGGAGUGCGUCCCUAUGCUUGUGACAUCUGUUUGUUUAGGUUUACACAAUUAGGAGACAUGAAACGGCAUCGUGCGAGACACGCAAAUGGUGAAGUUCGCUUGAGUUUUCCCAGAAGGAAAACAGUGCAAGAAGAUUUGCAAAUCGAUGGAUAUGGUGCUGCAGCACAGAAACUUUAACAUUUUCCAUUGAGUUGUGCACUACUAUUAAUUUUGAAACAAUUGAACGUAUAUCUUAAAUUUUGAAAUCCUGCCGAAGGUUUAACUCUACUUUUGUACAUAAGGAAUUAUCAUGUUAUCUUUCUGUUGAGCUAUAUUGAAUUUUAAAAUACGAUGUGAAAAAUUCAAGAUAUUUUCACAAGAAUGGACUUGUUUGAAACAAUUCAAGGGAAAAAAUUUCGUAGAGCUCCGUAUUCUUGAUUAUAGAAAUAACAAGAAUUCGUUUAUGAACCCCUUGACUGUCAGCGACAUAUAUGUGCAGAAAAGUCGUGCCACUUUUGUGUCAUGAUACAUAUGUGGGCAUUUGAAGAAAAGACAUGUUUUUACUAUAUCGAUUUGACUGUAAAUCAUCAUUUUUGAGGUCGCUGAAUUAUAGGAUAAAUCUCCGAAAUUUUUUUUCCAAUACAAAAGUGGCAAGAAAAUCUCAUUUUCGCCUGACUGCUAAGGAGUUAAUUAUACCUGUACAUUAUUACAACGUCUAAAUGUAGAUUUUAAUUGUUAUUUACUAUGUGCUUAAUGUUAAUAUCGUACUAAACGUGAUCAAUAAUGUGUAUAGAAAAUUUUGCAACAGACCGAUGAAAAUUCCUGAAAUAUGUACGUUUGCACUGUAAGUUUUGAUUAAAGACAACUUCUUAGGCUAAUUAAUAGUAUAGGAUCAUUUGUAAUUAUUCUUUAUUUAUCUAUUACAUGGCUGGCUGAUAUGGCAACCAAAUGAGAGAUGACUGAUCUGUGCUUUGAUGUAACAAGUCAGUGUGAUGCAUGACUCAAAGUGAUGAACUUCAUCUCAAUCAAUCUCAGCAUAUAAAUAAUGAGAUUACAUCGCACUGCUGACCCAAGCGACAGGUAAUGUCUAACUGAACGCGAACAAUGGAAAUAUGGUGUACUACAGAUUAUAAAUUGAAGUUACAAAUGAUGAGCAAUUGACUCUGAUAUGAUUUGUGUUACUCAGGUGAUUGCACUCACUGAGUCUGUGGUCAACUGGUACUAACAAGGAAUGCUUCUCAAUGACCCAACAAAGAUUUUGGUAAUUUUUUUUUUUUUGGGCGGUCGAAGGUCCCAAUAAGAAAACGCUAAGACCGUUUGCCUGCAAAUUCAGAUUUACAAGAAAUAUGAUUUUUACAUUUUUUUUUUCCAAUUUUUUCUAUAAUUCAUUUCUACCAGUUCUGAAUUGUGUGAUCAAAACGUGUUUAACUUUCAGAGUGAUGAAAAUUAUUGUUCGCUCAUAAUAUUGCACAGUUUACGGUGAAACAUCGAUCUUGCGCGAAAUAU